GGGGCGUUUUGCAGCAUGGCUGAAGCAGACCGACCGGGGAAGCUCUUCAUCGGUGGUUUGAACACAGAAACAACCGAGAAGGCCUUGGAGCAGUACUUCAGCAAAUAUGGCAGAAUUGUCGAGGUGCUUUUGAUGAAGGACCGUGAAACAAACAAAUCAAGAGGCUUUGCAUUUGUAACCUUUGAAAGCCCAGCAGAUGCUAAAGAUGCAGCUCACGAGAUGAACGGAAAGUCUCUUGAUGGCAAGCCAAUUAAAGUAGAACAAGCCACAAAGCCUCAGUUUGAGAGUGCUGGAAGGCGAGGGCCUCCACCGAUGCACUCUCGCACCCGUGGCCCACCCAGAGGUCCUCGUGGCUCCAGGGGCGGACCUGGGGGCAUGAGGGGCCCCCCAUCCAGAGGCAAGUCUUUUUACUACUAUGAUAGUGCAGGAGACGACCCAUUCUUUAAAGGGAUGUCAUCCAGAGGCCCACCUCCAAUGAAACGGGGUCCUCCAGUGCGUAAUGGAGGCCCCCCACCCAAGAGGUCUGCCCCAUCUGGACCCAUGAGCAGGCCCCCUAUGUCGAGGGACAGGGACCCCUAUGGACCUCCCCCACCUCGCAGAGACUCUAUGAUGUCCAGGAGGGACGAUUAUCCAUCACCAAGAGAUGACCAUUACAACCCUAAAGACAGUUAUUCCAGUCGAGAUUAUAAUUCUAGAGAUUCAAGGGACUAUGGGCCUCCUCCCAGAGAUUAUUCAUACAGAGAAUAUUCCAGUUCUGGGUCUCGAGAUGACUAUGGAUCAAUGUCAAGAGGAUACAGUGAUCGUGAUGGUUAUGGAGGUGGCCGGGAACCAAGAGGUUAUAUGGACCGACCAAGCGGUGGCUCCUAUCGGGAUUCAUAUGAUGGUUACGGUAACUCUCGCAGCGCCCCACCUUCACGAGGCCCCCCACCAUCCUAUGGUGGAAGCGGUGGCAGCAGUCGUUAUGAUGACUAUGGAAGCAGCUCCAGGGAUGGCUAUGGCAGUCGUGACAGUUACCCCAGCAGUCGGAGUGACCCAUAUCCACCUAGCCGUGGUGAGCGAAUGGGUAGACAGGAAAGGGGCCCGGCCCCUCCUGCUGAUAGAGGCUACCCCCCCCGUGACUCGUACGGCGGCUCAAACCGUGGAGGGCCCCGCGGGGGCCGCGGAGGCAACCGAGUCGAUAGGGGAAUGGCUCGCAGCAGAUACUGA